UUUAUGUCUCAAGACUGAAUUUGAUUUCAGUAAUUAAAUGGUGUUGCUCGUCGAUGUUGAAUGAAUCUAAUUAAUUGGAUAAAUAUCAAUAAUUGUGUUUUUGUAAUAGAGCCUAAACAAGGCUUUAUUGCUUGUUGGGUCAGCUAGCCCAUAUUAAAUUAUUUUAAUGUAUAUCUUGAAAUUUAAUUAGUUGAUGACGAUCAUGUUCCUAAGUCUGUAAUACAGAGAGAUCGAGAAGCUGGAGGGGAGAUGUAUAGUCGAGAGUGUAAUCUCUUGCUAAUGAAAGUUAGGAGAACCAAAUUUGAAGUAUUUCAGAAGCAAGGGUGGUGUUGUUCGGAGGAUCUAUGUGUGGUUGCAGAUUGUAAGAUCGAUGGAGGAAAGGAGAGAUCUAAGAAGCAAAGAUCUGGCAUCGGAAGCUUCUCCUAAUAUUCUGAGCUGAACGAGCGUGAUUUAAGGUUUCUAAAUCAUUCUGUUUUGGAGAAACCGGCCAAGAGUAAUCAGAUCUGAAUCAGAACUCAUCAAUCGCUUACCAAGUAAGAUCAUGAAUUUCAUGGAUUCCGAGACACAACCACCAGAUGAUUUACCACAAAUGAAUUCAGAUUGCAAUAUGCCUCCUCCACUUGCUCCUCAAUGUAAAAGCUUCAAAUGGAAAAUACAAGUCAUAGAUACUGAUGGAAACAUAGAAGGCAAACUAAUGACAUCUCAAGAGGUCUGGAAAUUGUGAAACAUCAAAGUGAGUGUAUUUUGAUGAAGAUAGUGGUCAGCCAAUUGGAGAUUCUGGAGGUUUACUUGGAUCAUGGUUAGGCCAAUUAAGCAAUGAUGUCAAUUUGCUACCUAUUAACUACAAGGAGUGGAGGUUGGUGACUACUCACACAAAAAACACGACAUGGGAUGUAAUUCAGUUCAAAUUCUGGUUUGAUGAUCCAAUGAUGAGAAUAAAAUAUGUAGUAAGCGCACUUGGUAGCAGAUGCAAGGAUGUCAGAAAACGUCUUUGGGAUGAACACAAACGAGAUACUCUAAGAGAAACGAUGUAGAACCGACCUAAGGGUAUUCCUAAUAAUCAAGGGUGUCAUUUCGUGGAGAUGAGGUUCACUGAGAAGUGGAAGAAAAUGCAAGAGAGGAAUACCGAGAACCAGAAAAAGAAUACCAUGCCUCACUUAUGUGGAAGAAAAAGCUUUGGCAGGAGAAGAAAUGAGAUUGACUGGAAAAGCACCAUCUCGAGCAGAGUUUUUCAUUGAGUCUCGCACAAAACCUGAUGGAAGCUUCAUAUGUGAGAAGGCAAAAACAUGUGCGGAAGAACUUACGAAGCUAUUGUGUCAGAAUUCGCAAGUCAUAAACAAUGUUCCAGCUAGAUUGGAUGAUGAGUAUGCUCGAGUGUUUGGUCCAGAGCGUCCGGGAAGAAUACGUGGUGUUGGUCGUGGACCUACACCUUCAACAUUAGCAAGGCGAUCAGCUGCAACUAGAGCAGAAACAGAAAAUUCUGAAGUGAUUGUUCAGCUGCAGGAAGAAGUGAAAGGAUUUAAAGAUCAAGCAACUGCAUGGACUUCUAGUUUUGCUGUAGCUUUUGGGAACAUACCAAAUCCAACAUUUGCAAACAUGCCAACUCUGCCAAAUCCGCAGGAAAUGGAUGAUGGUGCCAAUUGAUAUCCACACAACCUUUAUUAUGGUGCGAUCUGAUCAACAUUAGAUUAGCAAAACUUUUUAGUAACGUUGGUUUAUUUAUAUUUUAUGCAUUUGCACAACUUUUUAGGAAAGAUUUGAAUUGUGUAUUUUAAUACAUUAAUUAGUAAUUCAAAUUUGGUUUUUAGUCUUUGAAUUAAUUAUUUUGUUUAUAUUUCUUUUUACAAAAAAU